CUCCCGCUUCCCCUCCUCGCACCGCCUCUGCCGCUGCCUCAUUUCCUGCAGCGUAGGCGGAGGAGGAAGCUCUGUGCCCGCUUUCCUGGCCGGUUCGCCCCGCUUCCCCUCCCGCUCGGCCCCGCCGAGCCGCCUUCUGUCCUUCGAGAUGCCGGCUUACCACUCCACUUUAAUGGACUCGGACACCAAGCUAAUUGGGAACAUGGCACUGUUACCCAUCAGAAGCCAGUUCAAGGGCCCAGCACCUCGAGAAACUAAGGACACAGAUAUUAUAGAUGAAGCCAUCUACUACUUCAAAGCUAACGUUUUCUUCAAAAAUUACGAAAUUAAGAAUGAGGCUGACAGAACGCUGAUCUAUGUGACUCUCUACAUUUCUGAGUGCCUGAAAAAGCUGCAAAAAUGUAACUCCAAAGGCCAGGGAGAGAAGGAAAUGUACACACUAGGAAUCACUAACUUCCCAAUCCCAGGGGAGCCUGGCUUUCCACUUAACGCCAUUUACGCCAAACCUGCCAACAAGCAGGAAGAAGAGGUGAUGAGGGCCUACCUGCAGCAGCUGAGACAAGAAACCGGCCUUCGCCUCUGUGACAAAGUGUUUGAUCCUCAGAGUGACAAGCCAAGCAAGUGGUGGAUCUGCUUUGUGAAGAGGCAGUUCAUGAACAAGAGUCUCUCAGGCCCUGGGCAGUGAAGCAAAGUGGCAACAACCUUAAGCAUUUCCACAGCAAGAUGUUCAAGUCUUUUGCCUUUGUUUUGGAUACAUUUUGUACCAAGGAAGAAUUAAGUGCUAAUGAAGUAAAAAAAAAGAAAAAAACAAGAAAAAAACCAAACCUGUCAAUGAGUGAUAGAGGGAGGGAGAGCAAAAAGAUAAGUUGUGUAAGCAAAUAUUAUUAAGCUGGUGCUUAAUAAGUGAUUUCUAAUGUGCUGUUUCAGAUGCAAGCUGCUUUGUAAUCGUGGCUACAGCAUUUAAAACAGGGCUUGUAUUUAAGAGAAGAAAUGGGCUUGGCUGUGGGGCAGGGGAGCUGUGUCAUUGCUCUGCUGGCUGGAGUCUGGGUGUUGUAAUGUCCAGGGAAAACAGACCUCUCACGCUGUGUUGUCCAGUGCAGUGAUUUUUACCUUGUUUUCAAUAAAAUUCGCUUGUAAUUAAUGUGGUAA